CUGAGGACAGAAAGAACAGCAAUGGGAUUAUGGCUUCAGUGAGGUGGGGCAAAUCCUAACUCUUGAUCUUCAGUUGAGCUGAAACAAAUACAGUUGCUUUUUCUUUCUGUCUUUUUUAGCUUUAUUGCAAACUCUCAAAAUAUAGAAGCAGUGGAAUAUGUUUUCUCCGUUUGUUUGGACACUUCCUUGAGACUUCGAACAGGAUGUGUACAAUUUGACUGUGGAAUCUUCCUUCUGUGGCAUUUUUAAGAGACACAUUACCUUCACGCACAUUGUUUAAGACGUAACUGCAAAAUGGAUCAACCAAGAAGACAUCUGAAAAAACUGAAAAAGAGACGUUCAAGUCUUUUCGCAAGCGCCAAACUCAAUGCCAGCUUUUCACAGAGUAUAGAGGAAGAAGAGAGUGCCUUUCCUUUUUCACAAGACAGCUCUGUGAAACCUUGGACUUCGAUGGAUAACCUCGACACUCCGUCACCUCAGAAGACUGACAGAAGAGAGCAAGAAAAGAGGAAAAGCAGUGAGGUCGAAGCGGCGAAGAUGCCACACCGCCAUUCAACUGUGAUCAAUGUUAAUGUAGGUGGGAAAGUCUUCACGAUUCCCAAACACCUGGCUGUCAGAUACCCUAAAACCAGAAUAGGAAGCUUAGCCCUGUGCAAAGACCCCAUCAAGCAGCUCAAUCUCUGCGAUGACUAUUGCGUGCUCACCAAUGAGUUUUUCUUUGACCGAGAUCCGACUUUCUUCCACUACAUCUUCCACUUUUAUUGUAGCAACGUAUUAUGGGUAAUGGAGAGUCUUUGCCCUGUCAACUUUGAGGAAGAGAUGCAGUUUUGGGGUUUGCAUUUGAGGGACAGCCCUCGAUGUUGCCGGAUUCUCUACGAGGAGAAAAUAGAUGAAAUCAGAGAUCAGCUGAAAGUGAACAGGGAGCUUAUGGCGGAAAUCGAGCCUAGGCACAGCGAGGAGGGUUUCAAGAGUAUGUUUUUAGGUGAUGUUCGUAAGGUGCUAUGGGACCUGAUUGAGAACCCAUACUCCUCGAUGUCCGCUAAGGCCUUUGCUGUGUUCUCAAGCCUUUUUGUGCUCAUCUCCAUAGUGGCAAUGACUCUCAAUACUGUGAGCGAGCUGAAAGAUUAUAAAGUCUAUGGCAGAACCUACAUGGAGUGUGUGGAGAUCACCUCCAUUCUCUUCUUCACCUUUGAGUACUUCCUUCGCCUGCUGACGACAUGCGACAUUAAGCAUUUUCUGAAGAGUGCACUUAAUUUUGUAGACUUAGUGGCGGUCAUGCCCUACUUUAUUCAGCUGGUUUUUGAGGCUUUUGCAGACCAGGAGGAUGUCAGUGUCCAAGAUGACCUGAAAACAAUGGCGAGGGUUAGCAAAGUUAGCAAAAUACUUAAAGUUGUCAAACUCAUGCGGAUCUUUCGCAUCCUGAAACUGGCGAGGCACUCGACGGGCAUGCGAGCGUUUGGCUUCACUCUUCGCCAGUGUUUUGAACAGGUCUGCUGUCUGUUUCUCUUCAUCAUCAUGGGGAUCUUCACCUUCUCCGCCCUCAUGCACUCGGUGGAGCAGGACGUGGCAGGAACGCCGUUUAGCAGCAUACCAGAUGCCUGGUGGUGGGCAGCGGUGAGCAUUUCCACUGUGGGAUAUGGAGACGUGGUGCCCAUUUCCUACUCCGGUCGAGUGGUGGCCUUUGGCUGCAUUUCUUUUGGUAUCAUUUUAAAUGGAAUGCCAAUCUCCAUCCUGUUCAACAAAUUUUCUGACUAUUACGCCAAGCUAAAGGCUCAGGAGUGCACAAACACAAACAUCCAGAGGGGUCUGAACCUCAAGAAAAGACUGCGGAAGAAAUUCGACAACUGCUUCGAGCCUCAAACCGAGGAGUCUGAUGAGGACAGCAGGCAUCACACCGGCCAGUGUCAACACUAACCGUCCAUGUUGGUCAUUCUGCCUUCACUCCCCUCGAACAGUGAGCCCAGGUUCCCAGCCUGCCUUGAAUGAAACAGGGGUUUAACUGAUGGGUGAAAUUCAGGUUAAAGGACAUAAGGCCAUUAGCAUUAGGGUGGCUUACAAACGGCUUGGACAUUUCUGUUCGUUUGUCGAAGUACGUAUGUUAAAUAAUCAUAGGGCCAUUAUAAUGUCUGGAAAAAGGAUAGAAUCUGCAAUUUACUUAAUAAAAAGUACAAAAGCUGAUAUAUAUAUAUAAAGUGCUGGACAACAACAACAAUAAAUAAGUCUUGAUGUUGGAAUGAACGAGUGGUUUGGUUCACAAGUAAUGCAUGCAGUGUUCAAUCCAACUUUUGUAUCACUAUAAAAGGACACGGACGCAUAAACUUCAUCUCCAGAGCUGCUCUAAGAAUCAAUUUAUCUGCAUUUUUACAAUUUUAUCUGCGGGAAACUGUUGUUAUAUCAUGUAGACAUGAAAACUGAACUAUCUUCACAACAAAUUUUUAACUAACUUGAAAACACUGUGACAGAAAUAUAAUCCCAAUUACUAUUGUACUGUGGAAUGUAAAUAAAUAAACAACAGGACAAUUUCAUAAUUUGUCUUGCAUAAAUAAUUUUUUAAUAGAAGAUAAAUGGAAGUAGAAUUUAUAUAAUCAUUUUCAUGAUUUCAAUUGAUUAGACAAUUAGAGUGCUAAAUUGAAUUGAAUCAUUAAAAAUGGUUUCAAUUUUGAAUUUGGAUUCAGUUAGUAAUCUGAUAUCUAAAACUGAAGAAAUAAAUGCCAUUUUCAAUCCUUUUAUUUAACUCUAUACAUCUGAAGUUCCAUCUGACCCACAGGCUAUGAUUUAUUUUCUACAAAGUUUAAAUGUCAUCACAGUUGAUUCAGAUGCCACAAUCCUUGAUGCCCCCUAGACAUUAAUGAAAUAAAUCUGGCAAUUAAAACUGUGUGCUGCAUUAAAGCCCUGAGGCCUGAUGGCUUUACCGUUGAAAUGUUAAAGAAAUUUCAGAAUAAUCUAACCCCCCUACUUUUACCAGUGUAGAUGGAAUCCCUAGAGCAUGGUUACUUACCAGAGACACUCAUAGUUCUCUAAUUCUCCUUUUAAAAAGAAAAAAAAAUCCUAAUAGUCCUAAUAUCCUAAUAAUCCUAAUUGUUCCUAUCAUUCUUUCUCUUUACAAAAUGUAGAUGCCAAGAUAUUGGCCAAAGUAUUAGCCUUUCGUCUUAAAAAUGUACUUCCAAAAAUUGUAUCAGAUGAACAAACGGGCUUUAUCAAAGGCAGACAAUUAUUAUUAUUUUGGACAAAGAGAAGUAUUUUGAACAAUCCGAUUUUUCAGGUCACAUGAUUCAUCAUUGCCAAGUGGUAGAAUUGCGCAGAAUAGAUAAACAAACUAGAAUCCUGAGAUUCUGUUGAAGUUUCUUCCUCAAUUAAUACAAAUAGGAUUUCCGAGGAUCAAAUGAGACUUAUGUGGCCUUCAGAUAUCUUUGGUGUAUUUGGAGUGUUGCUUUUACUGUUUCUGUUCUUGGUGAGGUGCUUUUAGAGACCGUGUCUUUGACUUCAUAAACAUGUUUCCACUUCAGUAAGCACUUUAUCAACCCUUUAGAUCAGUGGUUCUCAAACUUAUUUCACCAAGUACCACCUCAGAAAAAAAGUCUCUCCAAGUACCACCAUAAUGGCAAGCAUUGUGAUACAGUAUAGCAUAGCAGGCCUAAUUAAACAGCUACAGCUCUUCACAGUUUAAAAUGGGGCAGAUUUAUUCCUAUCAUUAAGAAUAUGUAUGAUUGUCAGCCACUUUAAACAUUAUAAGUUUAAAUAUUAACUAUUCUUGCAGACAAAAAAAAAAACUUUUCCAUUUAAAUUAAAAUGUGCUGAUAAAGGUUAAUUACAAGUGGCACUGUUCUUAAAAAGUAAAAAGGAAACUGCUGUAGUUGUAAAGUAUUAAUCUAUUCAUCAAAACCUGGAAAACCUGGUUAAAAGUGUGUUCAUUUUAUUCUUUUAUUAUUCAGUGAUUCUUCCGCGUACCACUAGAAUGAAACCCUUGUACCACUAGUGGUACACGUACCACAGUUUGAGAACCACUGCUUUAGAUGAUCCCAAUCUACAUUUUGAUCAUUUCAGGAUGGCCUGAAGGGUGAUUUCUUUUGUUUUAUCAUUUGUAUUUAUUGUUGUUUAUUAAACUGUAUCUGUAGAAUGGUUAAAAAAUCCUGUUCCUCCAUUUCCCCCUGAAUCCAUCAUACUAUCCUCAUCAUAUUAAACUUAUAUACGGUUCUUUAAAACUUUUACAUAACAUAUCCUCUUUGUUCUGUAUUACAUAACAUGUUCCUGCAACUUGCGUGUAUCAGAAAACUAAUAAAAGAGCUCAUAAGAAGGAA